AUUUGGGGAGGGCAGAGGUCAAAGCACGGCCUGCAGGGAGCCAAUGACCCAGGAGCCUUUAAUCCGGAGUCCCUCCCCUUUACCGCGCCACAAAGCAGAGCCACUCCCCUUUCACACCCCCAGUGGGGACGCGGCCCCUUUAAACCGAAGAGGGCGGAAGUGCCCUGCACAAAGAUGGCGCCAGCAGAGGAAAAGCACGUGACACGGAAGUCUAGAACUGACAGGAAGUGCCCCGCGGAAAGAUGGCGCCUGAACGCGGAGCCACGUGACCCGGAAGCCUCGAGCCGGCCGGUGUUGACGUGUGCCGAGCAGCCUGCGCCUGCGCGGGGCGGGCGAGCAGCGCUUGCGCCUGCGCAGUAGCAGCUCGGCGGGCCGCGUACUAGCCCGGGGGUGGCCAUGGGGCCCCGGCGGCCGCCCGAGCUGUACCGCGCGCCCUUCCCGCUCUACGCGCUGCAGCUGCAUGCGGACACCGGCCUGGCCGUGACGGCUGGGGGCGGCGGUGCCGCCAAGACCGGCAUCAAGAAUGGCGUGCACUUCCUGCAGCUGGAGCGGAUCGGGGGGCAGCUGAGCGCCUCGCUGCUGCACUCGCACGACACGGCGACGCGGGCCACCAUGACCAUGGCGCUGGCGGGCGACAUCAUCGCCGCGGGGCAGGACGCCCACUGCCACCUCCUGCGCUUCCGCCUCCAGCGGCCGGCAGCCGGCGCGGCCGGACACAGCGGCGGCGGCGACAAGGGCCCCCGGAAGCGGAAAGCCUCCAGCCCCGCGGGGCAGGGCGAGGGCGACACCCGGAGCGAGACGAGCGAGGUGACCGUGGAGACCCUGCGCAGCGUCCAGACCGACUUCAGCCCCGACACCCUGCAGAAGGCCGUGCGCGUCAGCGCCGACCACGCGCUGCUUGCCACCGGCGGCACCGACGGCUUCCUUCGGCUCUGGGAGUUCCCCAGCAUGAAGAAGAUGCUGGAGUUCAAAGCUCACGACGGGGAGAUCGAGGACAUCGCGCUGGGCCCUGGGAAUAAGAUGGUGACGGCAGGCCGGGACUUCCAGUGCUGCGUGUGGCAGAGGGAUCAGCUGGUGACGGGGCUGCGCUGGAACGAGAACUUGCCGGCUAUCCCCGACAAGGCCUAUCGCUACCAGGCCUGCAGGUUUGGGAAGGUGGAGGAUGACGUGGAAGCGCUGCGGCUCUACACCGUGCAGGUGCCCCACAAGCGGGAGCGCCGGCCCCCGCCCUGCUACCUCACCAAGUGGGACGGCAAGAGCUUCCUGCCGCUGCUCACGCAGCCCUGCGGCGCCGAGGUCAUCUCCUGCCUGUCCGUCAGCGAUUCGGGUACGUUCCUGGGGCUGGGCACCGUGACGGGGUCUGUGGCCAUCUACGUCUCCUUCUCGCUGCAGAGGCUGUACUAUGUGAAGGAGGCGCAUGGCAUCGUGGUGACGGAUGUGGCCUUCAUGCCCGAGAGCGGCCGGGGCCGCGAGCUGCUGGCCGGGGAUGAGGCUGCCCUGCUCAGCGUGGCCGUGGACAGUCGCUGCAAGCUGCACCUGCUCCCCCACCGCCGCAGCUUCCCCGUCUGGCUGCUGCUGCUCCUGUGUGCUGGGCUCAUCGUGGCCACAAUCCUGCUGCUGCAGCUCGCCUUCCCUGGCUUCCUGUAGGCCCGGCAGGAGGAGGAGGAGGGGUCCUUCGUCCCCCAAGCCAGGAUGGACCGAGGGGAGAGCUGGAGUCCUGUCUGCUCACGGGGGCCCGCCGCGCUCUCCUUGCUCCUGCUGCUCCCCAGGAGGUGGCUGGAGUCCUGCAUCCAUUAGCCAGCCCCCGCAGGGCUCAGAGACGUGGCCCAGCCCCUGCCCUGCAGAGCCUGGCCGGCCUGGGGAGACGCAGCCUCCAGCUGCUGCUGGGGCCUCUGGGCCGAGCUGGGGUCCGUGGGCAGCCCCGUCCAAACAGACCUGUGCUGCCCCGGGGAGCUCCACGAACCAAGCCACGGCGCAGGGGCUGCGCUCACAAGGACCUGGCUGUGGGGGGCGUGAUCCCGGCCCAGCCGCCCGGCCCUGUCCCAUCCUGCCGUCACUUGCCGGCUACCAUUAAAACUGGACUCUGAGCCAUCA